GUGCAGAGAAAGGAGAGGGUGGGAGGGGAAGGCGGAUCCCCGGGGCUCUGGCUACAUUCCUGCUCCUGCAGGCAGCAGCCCCGCUGCCGGCGGCUCUGCGGGGGUGCAGGGCAGGAUUCAUUUAAGAGCAUCCUCGGAGGCGCUGGGUCCAGCUCUAGCUCACCGGGCUCCCGGCUUUCGGCCCUUCACAGAGCAGCUGCAAGAGGAAGGAAAGUAGGUGGCAGAGGCCCCUCGUCUCUCUCUUCUCCCCCCCCCCCACCCCCCCCCCCCAGCAGGGCAACAUCAGACCCUGGGCAGCUCUUCCCCUGGACUCUCCAUCAGCUCUUGGCUUGUCCCCCCCUCCCACCCCUCAUUUGGGGGGACGGGGGGGUUAUAGGACCCAGAACUCCCCAUCGCCACCGAGUGAAGCGGGGGGCCCGAUGGCACCGGGGCUGUUUCUGAGUCACGGGGGGUGAGAUCCCUGCCUCUCCGCCCCCUCCAGCCCAGCCAGAGCCCCCUCGCCUAUUUCCAGGGGGAGCCACUUGAGCCUCCAGCGGCUGCUGCUGAAACUGACCAGCCCUCCGGCUUCUGCCUCCUGAGCAGCUCAACAUUCUGCCCUUUGAAGGAUUUUUCUUUCCUUUUUGCUGGCAAAGAUGAGGAAAAAAUGGAGACUGGAGGACUUUCGAUUUAUCUUUUCCUGUGUGCUCUGGCUCCUUUUCAUAGAUGGAGGUAAAUCGGAACAAGUAAAACAUUCAGAGACAUACUGUGUGUUUCAAGAUAAGAAGUACCGUGUAGGAGAAAGAUGGCAUCCCUACCUAGAACCCUAUGGACUCGUUUACUGUGUUAACUGUCUUUGCUCAGAGAAUGGGAACGUAUUAUGCAGCAGAAUAAGAUGUCCAAGCCUACACUGCCCUACUCCAGUGCAUGUGCCACAGCUGUGCUGCCCACGGUGUCCAGAGGAUUCACUUUUCUCCAUAAGCAGUAAAAUCACUGGGAAAUCCUGUGAAUACAAUGGCACCGUCUACCAGCACGGGGAAAUGUUUGUGGCAGAAGGGCUUUUUCAGAAUAGACAACCCAACCAGUGUGCUCAGUGCAGCUGCUCAGAAGGGAACGUGUAUUGUGGCCUGAAGACUUGCCCUAAAUUAACAUGCUCUUUCCCAGUUUCUGUUCCGGAGUCCUGCUGCCCAGUUUGCAGAGGAGAUGGAGAAUUAUCAUGGGAACAUUCUGAUGGGGAUAUCUUCCGGCAACCAGCCAACAGAGAAGCUAGGCAUUCAUACCAUCGCUCCCAUUACGACCUGUCACCCAGCUCCACCAGACAGGUGGUCAACAUUCCACGAUUUUCCAGUGGCAGGAGUAACCGUGGAGUCCUACCUGACCCCCAGCAAGCCUCAGGAACUAUAGUACAGAUCGUCAUCAACAACAAGCAUAAGCAUGGACGAGUCUGUGUUUCAAAUGGAAAAACAUAUUCACAUGGUGAAUCGUGGCAUCCUAAUCUCCGGGCCUUUGGAAUCGUAGAGUGUGUGUUGUGUACCUGCAACAUCACCAAACAAGAAUGUAAGAAAAUUCAUUGUCCGGAUCAAUAUCCCUGCAAAUACCCUCAGAAAAUAGAAGGAAAAUGCUGUAAAGUCUGUCCAGAAGAGAUGCCAAGUCAGAGCUUUGACAGCAAAGAUUACUUUUGUGGUGAAGAGAUGCUUCCCGUCUAUGAAUCUGUUUUCAUGGAGGAAGGAGAAACCAUUAGAAAAAUUGCAAUGGAAACAGAAAAGCCACCUCAAAUAGAAAUACAUGUUUGGACAAUUCGGAAAGGGAUUCUACAUCACUUCCACACUGAGAAGAUAUCCAAAAGCGAAUUUGAAGAACUUCCCUACUUCAGGCAGAUAACAAGGACAACACUGAGCCAGUGGAAAAUAUUUAGCGAGGGAGAAGUUCAGAUCAGCCAAAUGUGCGAAAGCAGAGUGUGCAGGACUGAGCUGGAGGAUCUGGUAAAGGUUUUGUACCUUGGAAAGCCUGAAAAGGGUCACUGUUAAGGGAGACAGCACGGGAGGGAGAAAACUUGGAUCUGCAGCUGGACUGCAGGCUUUAUUUUGCUUAAGUCAACAGUUGCCCUAAAAUCCAAAACUAUAAUGCAGUAAUUAUUCACAUCAUGCACAGCAAACUUGCUGCUUUAUGUGUAGUGGUCUGUGUCAACUAUUUAAAUAUCUCCUCAAAAAGACUAGGAGGCUCUGUAUUAGUGGGGGGAAGGGAGAGGGAGACUGUAGUUGCUU